AUGAUCUCGUCUCGCCUGGCCAAUGCCAUGGGCGGCCACAUGUGGGUUGAGAGCGAAGAAGGUUGCGGGUCAACGUUUUGUUUCACAGCCAAGUUCACCGUACCACCUGAGGCCGCAAAACCAUCGUCACUUGCACGGUGUGGCACUCUGUGUCCGAAGAUGAACUACUUCCGCGGGCUUGUUGUGGAUGGGAAUGAAUCGGCCAGGAAGUCCAUUCUUUCGACCCUUGAGAAGCUGAAAGUCAAGGCGGACGAUGCAGCUGACGCAACCUCUGCUUUGGAAAUGCUACAGAAGGCAGCAUACGACGACUCGCCAUACACCCUCCUCAUUGUCGAUUCUGAAGUCAGGGACUCUUCUCAUGUUCCCUCCUCCUCAUCCACCUCCUCCUGCACGUCCUCCUUCGAUAACUGUGCUGCUUCCUCCAUCAGCUGUGCAAAGCUGCUGCGACGCAUCAAGGAGCAGAAUUUGAUCCAUCAGGACAAUUUCGGAUGCCGAUUUUCAAAAGGGGAAGGAAGUAGCGGUGCCGUGCAAGAGAUGGAAGAUCUUGCUGGGUAUUCCGAGUCACCUGUGCCCGCUUGGCUGUUCUCUGGAGAGCAGGAAAAGGCCUCAGCAGAAGCAGAAGAAGAAUCUGAUGCCAAUGUGCUCUCUUCAGGACCAGGGGGACGUGCGUCUGCAAAGAGACCAGGCGGGAGUUCUGGUCAACAGCUACAGUCAGCUACAAAGGGCGGACUCACAGUUAGCCAGGCACAGGAUUCCUGCUCUGCAACUGAGGUGACUUUUGAGUCAACUCAAAGGUCACCCAGAGCUGACAGUGGAGGGGAGAUGCAGCUGCAGAGAUGUGGGCAGGCACAGGCUUCCUGCUCUGCAACUGAGGGGUGUCGACCCGAGCCUCGCGAAGAGGACUUAGCGCUACCUGUGGUGUUGUUGACACCUGGAGGUCCUGACGACAAGCCCUUGUGCAAGGAACUUGGGGUGCACCUCUAUGUUCCGAAGCCUGUGAAGAGGAAAGUGCUUCUGCGAAGAGUCAAGCAGGCAUUGAAGCUCCCGCUGCAGGAUGGGCUGUCCGCCUCAAAUUCAAGUGCUUCUGAGGAGGCUUCGGCAUCAGCAGCGGCUGAGAGGAGUCUCAAGGUCCUUGUUGCAGAGGACAACAUUGUGAACCAGCGGGUAGCCAUGACUCUCUUGCGCAAGUGGGGGCACGAGGUGGUUCUGGCUAGUGACGGUGAAGAAGCCGUGGAGAAGGUUCAGGCCGAAGUAUUUGAUGUGAUACUAAUGGAUGUGCAAAUGCCUGUUUGCGAUGGCCUGCAAGCAACCAAGAGAAUUCGUGAAUACGAGUCCACAACAAAACGCCACACACCCAUCAUUGCUAUGACAGCACUAGCACUUAUCGGAGAUGGAGUGAAGUGCAUCGAGGCAGGAAUGGAUUCGUACAUGAGCAAGCCUUUGAACGCAUCCAGGCUGAAGGAUCUCUUGCGCCUUGUGUGUCAAUCACAUGUUCUUCCGAAGCCAACCAAUGACUGCGCCCGAGAUUUCUAA